AUGGCAAAGAUUGCUGCAAGGCCAUUUUUUCCACAAAAUGACUCAACAUCUAUCUGGACCAAAAUAGAAUUAGUAGAACCGCAUCCAAAUAGUUGGAAUCCAUACAAGGAUGUAAGUGCAGGUUCAGAAGUUCAUCCCAUACCAGUUGAAAAUAAUGUGGAUCAGGACUUGCCUCCAAUGGGUUUUACCUAUAUUCGCAAUAAUGUAUUUUUUUCAAGACUUCCAAAUUUCAACUUGGAGCCUGUUUGUGCAGGUUGCGUGCCGCAUAAUAUUCGACCUGAAAAUUGCCAUAAAAUUGCAGUUAGUGGAUUCUGCAAGGGGUUUGUCGACUCUGAGGGAAAAGUUUAUUGUGAGGGAAUAAACAAGAAAUUUUUGUCAGCAAUACGCUCCAGAGCUUCGUGUUCUGAUAACUGCCCAUGUCCAAACACAUGCAGAAAUAGACUCCCAGAUGGAAUACAAAUCCCAGUAAAGCUCGUAAAGGCGCCACAGCUUGGUUGGGCAUUACAUACACGAGUUCCACUUCGCAAAGGAACUUUUAUAAUGCAGUACGUUGGAGAAAUAAUUUGCAGAAGUGAAAUGGCAGCCAGAGAACACCAUUAUGAUAAACUAGGGCAAUUUAACUAUUGUAUGGAAUCUGUUGAAAUGGAAAAACAAUCCGAUGAUUGGCAAAUGCCUUGCAUCGAUAGCAUGGUCUUGGGAAAUAUUGCCAGAUUCUUAAAUCACUCGUGCGAACCAAACGUGGAAGUAAUUACAGUAUGGAAGGGAGACGACUUUCCCUCUAUCGCAGUCUAUGCGUUAUGCGAUAUUGCGGCAGGAGAUGCACUCACGUAUUGCUAUGGGAAUUCUUAUAGAUCAAUCCCCUGCCUUUGUGGAACAAAGAGCUGCCGAGGCUUUAUCGGAAGCGUGUAA